UAAUUAACUAUAGACAAUCCAAAUCCUGACACAUUUUUUCUUUUAUAUAAAUAAAACUUGGUGUUCAUAUCAUUAUACCAUACCAUACCAUACCCAUCUUCAACAUUCAUCAGCUUCUUCUUCUUCUUCUCUGUGCCACCUCUCUUCUUCUUCCCUAGCUAUCGGACUCGUCCAAACCAUGGCUCUUUCGGAUGGUGAUAAUAAGAUUAGACGUGAGUUGAGGAUUCAUGAACGUUUGGAUGACCUGAGGGCUGAUUUGGCAGACUAUAUUGCUGAAAUAUCGGACGCGUCCGUGCAGGCGCGGGGAGUCUUUUCCAUUGCUAUAUCUGGUGGUUCUCUCAUUGGCUUAUUGGGAAAACUCUUGGAAGCUCCUUAUAAUAAGAUAAUGGACUGGUCCAAGUGGUAUGUCUUCUGGGCUGAUGAACGUGUUGUCGCGAAAGACCAUGCUGAUAGCAAUUAUAAGCUUGCUAGAGAUGGACUUUUGUCUAAGGUGCCUGUCAUCUCCAGUCACGUGAAUUCUAUUAAUGAUUCCGUAUCAGCAGAAGAAGCUGCAGAUGAUUAUGAGUUUGUCAUCCGACAAUUAGUGAAAACCCGUGUUGUCAGCGUGUCUGAGGUCAGUGACUGCCCAAAGUUUGAUCUCAUUCUGCUUGGAUUGGGUCCAGAUGGCCAUGUUGCCUCUUUAUUUCCCAAUCACUCAGCACUCAAUGAAAGGGAAGUAUGGGUAACUUUCGUUACUGACUCUCCCAAACCCCCACCUGAGAGAAUCACAUUUACCUUGCCUGUUAUCAAUUCUGCAUCCAAUGUAGCCGUGGUCGUCACAGGCGACAGCAAAGCAGAAGCUGUACACUUGGCAAUAGAUGAUGUUGGACCUGACUACCCAGUAAUACCAGCAAAAAUGGUCCAACCAGCUACUGGGAAGUUGGUGUGGUUUUUGGAUAACCUGGCUGCCUCAAAACUUGAUGAUUCCAGUUUAAUCAAAUAAUAUGAAGUCCCUUGCUGAGGUGUUUGUAUGUAGUGCUGUUAAGGGAUUUGACAAGUGUUGAUCCUGAUCCUGGUAUUUCUUUUCUCUUGGAUAGGAAGUCUUUGUUUUGCCCCUUUUUUCCCUCUCUUGGGAGGUUGUUUGGGAGAAGUAUGGUAUAGUUUUUGCAAGCAGGCAAUAAAAGAUGAGAGCAUCAUAAAAACUUCUUUCUUUCCUUUCCAAUUCCUCAUUGGGUUAUUGGUUAUGGUGGUACUGAUGGUCUCUCCUGUUUGCAAUUUAGAAAGGGAAAUUCAGGUUCAUGUAAUUCCAAGAGUUCACUUUUAUUCACCCUCCCAAUCUCUUGUUUAGCUAUUUUUGUUUAAAUUUCCAGUGUAGUCUGUACCUGAUGUAAAAUUUUAAAUAUUGGGUUGGGAGGUGUUGAUUGAUUAAAUUUGAGGAAUCUUUUGCCCCUUGGGAGAAGAUGUCAUGUGGCAUCAAGUUUUCCCCCCUUUAAGCAUUUGAAGCUAUUGAUAGAUGCAACAUGCCCCAUCAAGAAUGAGAAAAGACACUUGAAAAGAUUUUACCA